AGGUCAACAGAAGCCCAGGUAAAGCACUUGAAGGCUGCUGAAUCCCCUCUCCCAAACCAACAAGAUCACUAGCAGGUUCCUCUGGGCAGCCUUGUCUGCCUACUACUGUGCAUGGGAUCAGCGGGGGACACAAGCAGCGCUACCACAUGAUUGACUUCCAGUGGCUGUGCUACGGACCUGGGGCUGAGUCAGGCCCCUACGAGGAGAAGGUGAUCCAGGUCCAGUACGACCCCUGCAGGUGGGCUGAUAUCGCCCUGGUGGCUGGCAGUAAGCAGAAACGCUGGGUCAUUGCAACAGAAAACAUGCAGCCUGGCAACCUCAAAACCUCGGGGCACAUAAGCAGCAGGAUGGCACUCUCCCCCAAAGAAGGGGAUGCAUACCCUUUGAGAGCUCUGACUGUGAGGACCCUGAUCAAUAACCUGGAAAGCCACCCUGGGAAAGGAGCACAGUACAUCCAAGCAGCAGGGACCUAUGGGGUGUUACUGUGGAAGGUGAAUGGAACGGCCAUCAUGCAGCUGCCCUCUAAGAGAUGCAUGCAGGUGCUGGAGACCUGCAUAGCCACCAUGGGGCGAGUUUCCAACAUUGACCACAACAAGCAGAUCAUUGGGAAAGUUGGCCAGAACUGCUGGCUGGGGAGGCGCCUAUGCAGCGGCUUAUGGCACUGCAAGGGCUGCUGAGCGGGACGCAAGAUCAAACCACUCCCACCCAUGAAGAGCUAUGUCAGCCUGCCCACAGCAGCAGCUUGGGCUUGACACCUAGCCCCGGUGCCUGCCUCUCAAUAAAAUCAGCUUUUCAACUCUCUCUCUCUCUAAAAAAGGAAUAAUUAACCCAUUAUUAACAGGACAGGGAAUUCUGUGGAAAGCCGAGGGUCUGAAACAGAUCAAUAGGCAAUAGAAAAUCUACGUCUGUUGGGGAUGGGAUGGAAUUUAAUGUGUGUAAUAUACCAUAGGGGUGAUAGUGCACCCUGUUGGGAUGGCAUCUAGAACAGCAUGUGGCGUUUAGGAAACUACGAAAGAUGUAAAAAAUCUUGAGAAUUCAUAAAAGGGCAAUCAAAAGAGAUGAAGAUCUGGGAAGAGACUGAGGGAGCUAAAUGAGGAGAGUAUAGAAAUAUAUAGACUUUCUAGACUGCUGAAUAAAAGAUUAGGUCGUGUUGGUGGGGGAGUGGCACAAUAUGUGAAAGAGAGCAUGGAGUCAAAUACAGUAUAAAUCUGAAAUGAAUCAGACGACGCCAUGAUUUCUCUAUGGAUAGAAAUUCCAUGCUUGAAAAUGAGUAGAGCACUAGGAAUAUGCUACCAACCACCUGACCAGGAUGGUGGCAGUGAUUCUGAAAUGCUCUGGGUAAUUUAGGCUACAGAAUCAGAAAACCCAGUAAUAAUGGAGGAUUCCAACGAUCCCCAUAUUGAUUAAGAAAAUGUCACCUCAGGAUGGGCAGAAAUAAAAUUUCUAGACACCUUUAAUGACUGCUUUUUUGAGCAGCUAGUCCUGGAACCCACAAAGGGAGAGGCAAUUCUUGAUUUAGUCCUAAGUGGAGCACAGGAUCUGGUCCAAGAGGUGAAUAUAGCUGAACCACAUGAUAGCAAUCAUAAUGUCAUUAGAUUUAACAUCUUUGUAGGAUGAAAAAUACCAAAGAAACCCACCAUAGUAGCAUUUAACUUAAAAAAAGUGGAACUACACAAAAAGGAGGAGGCUAGUUAAAUGGAAAUUUAAAAGGAACAGUCACAAGAGUGAAAUGUCUGGAAGUUGCAUAGAAACGUUUAAAAAACCCACCAUAAUUCAUGUAUAAACCCCCAAUUUAAAAAAAAAGGGGGGGCAAGAGGACCAACAAAAUGGACAUCCUCAAUGGAUGAGCAACAGAAUAAAAGAGGUGGUUAGAGACAGGCAGAUUUUAAAAAUAGGAAGUCAAAUCCUAUUGAGGAAGAUAGGAAGGAGCAUAAACUCUGGCAAGUCAAGUGUAAAAGUCUAC